AUGCUCAUUCUGUACGACAUCGAUAUGACGCUUCUGGAGACCAAUCACAUCGGGAUUGAUUGCUUGCGUCACGCGGGCCAGUCGUUGUUUGGUGAUGACUUCACGAUCGAGGGGAUCACCUUCGGGGGGUGUUUGGAUCCGGUGAUCAUCGCGGACAUGCUGGUGCUCAAUGAGAUUGAUCCGAGCGAAGAGAACAUCCAAGCGAUGCGGACGGGAUACCACAAGCAUCUUGAAACCCUCUCCAAAACACAAUCGGUGGCGCGAGCGCUCCCAGGUGCGCAUGACCUGGUGUUCGCGACAGCGAGUCAUCACAGCAAACCCACGCUGGGAUUGCUGACAGGGAACUAUCCGGAGACUGGGACGAUCAAGAUUCAAGCAGCGGGGUUUGAUCCGGCGUUGUUUACGGUCAAUGCGUGGGGGGAUUCGUCGCCGCAUGAGAAGCCUCACCGAUCGCAUCUGCCUCCGGUCGCGAUGGAUUUGUACCACGCGGAGAAAGAGAUCAGGAUCGAUCCCCAAUCAGUCGUGAUCAUCGGCGACACGAUUCAUGAUGUAUCGUGCGGGAAAGACAAUGGCUGCCGUGUGCUCGCGGUCGCGACGGGGCAUGCGGGCUUUGAUGAACUCGUCGAUGCGGGCGCGGACCACACGGUCGAGGAUUUGAAAGACACUGAGGGGUUUGCGCUGCUGGGGAUUCUGGGUCCGAACAUUGUGGCGUUCUCGCAGCCGAUGAAUGCGAUGACCGAUCCGAAUGUGAUCGGGGACACUCCUGCGAAUCAUCUGGCGCACACGAUCACGACGACGGUGUUCCUUGGGAAGUUCAUGUUCCUCUUCGCAUUGCUAUUCGGAUCCGGCGUGAUCAUGUACGCACGCAAGUAUGAUCAUCGCGAGCUCGGGGACAUCUGUGCUCGAUGCGGGUAUCCGAUGAAGGGGCUCGAUGGUGAUGCUCCGUGUCCCGAGUGCAACUGUCCUGAUCGCAAAGCAAAGAAGCACAAGCUCAGCGAGGGCGCGACGCUCUGGUAUAUCCGCUGUUGUCUCUUGCUGAUGUUCGGGAUGAUCCACGCGUACUGCUUCUGGUACGGCGAUAUUCUGACCUUCUACGCGAUCUCUGGACUCACCGCGUUAUGGUGGAUCCGUCGAUUGAAUCCGAAACUGCUGUUCUUUGGUGGGAUGGGGUUGUAUUUCUUUGGUUCGCUGCUGCUGAUCGGAUUCUCGUUCCUUGGUUACAACGCUCUGAGUCAGGGGCAGACCACAGUGGACUCGUUCGGCGCGAAUCCCGAUGUGGAGAUCGCGGGAUACACAGGGACCUACAUCGAAGCGUUCAAGGUUCGAUUCUUCUCGGUGCUGUUUAUGCAGUUGGUGCUUGGGAUCUUCUUCCAGCCGAUCCUCUGGGGGAUCAUGGCGAUGGGGAUGGGGCUGACCAAGAUGAAGAUUUUGACUGGUGAGCGGUCGCUCAGGUUCUACGCGAUCUGGGCGCUGGUACUGCUCGGGGCCGGGAUCCCGAUGACGGCGACUGGGUAUUCGCUGGUGCAUCAGCACUUCACGCUGCUGCCGGGUUUCAUCUGGCAAUCGAUGGCUCAGCCAAUCGGUGUACCGAUCGCAUUGGGGUAUGGCGCGCUGAUCUUGGCGCUGACCAAGUGCGACUGGGCGCGGAUUGUGACCACGCCACUGGCGGCGGUCGGUCGGAUGGCGCUGAGCAACUACUUCUUGCAAACCUUCCUGUGCACAACGAUUUUCUAUGGGUACGGCAUCGGAUUCGGGCUCUUUGCGCAACUUGAAUAUCCGAUGAUUUGGCUCGUCGUGCUCGGCGUGUGGAGUGUCAAUAUCAUCUUCUCAAUGCUGUGGUUACGCGUGUUCGUGAUGGGGCCGUUUGAAUGGGUGUGGCGCGUGCUUACUUAUCGACAGCUUGUCCCCAUUGUGCGCCGAUCUUCCUCCGAUCUGCCCAUUGGAGGCCUGCAGAUGCCAAGCUCGUAUCGUGCUCUCUGUUCUGAUUUUUACAUCAACUCAAAGUUGAAUGUCCGCAUGGAGCUUCCAAGCAAUCGCGAGCCGGUGCUGGAUUUGUUUGAGCGCACUCGACGAUCGUUCCCGGCGAUGAACGCGUUCCGUCGGUACAAGGAUGAACUGGCGCUUGAGUCAGCGGCGAAUGCUCAGCCUCAUCGUUGGAUGGCGAUCCGUGCGGCUUCGGUUCGGAGCGGGGUUGUGAAUCCGAGCAACGAGGAUGAGAUGUACUCGCUGCAUCGACUCGCGGCGGAAGUGUCUCCGUAUUACUUGUCGAUCUCGCCGUUGGAUCUUGAGUACAUUGAGCUGUUGUAUGGGUUUGAUCUUGCCGCGAAAGAGAAUCAUGAUGAGAUUGCGGCGAGCGCUCUGCUCGCGGGGUCUCCGCUCGCGGCGUUGAUUGAUAACGAGUCGAUCAAGAUCAGCGAUUGCCAGCCUUUGCUUGGGAUGAAUCUGCUUGAUGAGCCUGGACUGGAGGCGCACUUUGAGAUCAAGACGCGGACCAAGACUGGGCCGGGCGCACAUAGCGCUGGAUCAUCAAGCGAACCGAUCUCGGUGUACCUGACGCUGCGGAGAUAUGACCCGGUGACGGAUCUGAAGGAUCUCGGUACGCAGCUGAACGAGUUGAUAGAGCGGGGGCAGGAUCUUGUGGAUCAGUACGCGGUGCCGAAUCUGCUGCUUCCUUUGCGGGAAGAGAUUGGCUCGCGUUCGUAUUGA